AUGUCUACUCACGAAGGUGUUUCGUGUGAUGCUUGCUCCCAAAAUAAUUUUCGUUCGAAACGUUAUAAAUGUUUAAGAUGUUAUGAUUAUGAUUUAUGUUCCAACUGUUAUGAGCAUGGAGAAAUAUCAUCAAAUCAUACCGUUGAUCAUCCAAUGCAAUGUAUAUUAACUCGUCAAGAUUUUGAUUUAUAUUACCAUGGCGAACGUUGUACUGUUGACCAACCGCAAUCGUUAUCAUGUCCAUUUUGUUCCGAAAUGGGAUUUUCUUAUAAUGCAAAUAUGUCUUCUUCUGCGACUGAUACAUCUUCGUCUUCAAAUGAUCUAUUAGUUCAUUUACAAUCGAAACAUGGCGGCGAUCAACAAAUUGAAGUAAUUUGCCCAAUUUGCUGCGCUUCGCUUAAUGGUGAACCGAAUUUAGUCACACCUGAUCUUAUUUCACACAUAGCCAAUGAUCAUCCUUAUCGAGGAGCAGCAGAUUCUUACUCGAGACAAUCUUCAACAAGAGAAUUUGAUUCUACAUUUCCUCCAUUGAGAAAUUCUACAGCUAGUACCACUAGCGCAGGUUUUCGUCGUGGACCGUUACGAACCCCAAGUCGACGCGGUGGAGGACGUGGCGGUCCUGUUUCUAGUAAUUUUACAACUGAAGUUGGUGGUAGUGAUCCUAUUACAGAUUUGCUAACUCAAUUAUCCAAUGUUCGACGUUUAGCUGCACAAAAUAAUUCAAAUAACAGUGGUAAUCUAUUGCCAUCAGCAAACGCUCUAAAUCUAAGUCAAUUAUCAAGACAACAAUACGAUCGAGAACGAUUACGUUCUACAUUACGUUCUCAUCCUCAAGCUCAUUCUCAUUCACACGGCAUUGGAGCAACAUCAACGACCAACAAUAACAACAAUGCACAGACAACUCAGGAAUCGGAUUUUUUCGACAGUCUAUUUCCUAGUACGCUGUUCAUUGAUUCAGCUAUAUUACCAACAGCAACCGGACAAACAGCCGGAUUUCAAUUGAGAGGCGCGACAAGAGCAGAAAAUCAACAUUUGGAUUGGGCAAGUAUUGUUAAUAACAGUGGUUCACCGCAAUCAACGCCUCAAACAAACCCUGUUCCUUCACAGCCUCCUCAAAUAUUAACUAAUACUACAGCAACAACAGAUGAUUCUCUAAAAUUAUUACCUAGUCAGUCGUUACUAAAAAAGCUAUACGAUGAUUCUACUUCUGCUAGACAUUCGUCGAAUCAGCGUCAAACAAAAUUAAAAGCUCAAAAAUGUGAUUUCAUACAAGAAUUAUUAAUAUCAACUUUAUAUAAUAGUCCAAUAGCAGACGAUUUAAUCACGAAAAAUCCGUUUGCUACACAACAGUCGACUGCUACGACAAAAAAGCAUAAUAUUCAACAUCAGACAUUGUUAGUUUCUCCUACUACGACAAUAUCGUCAACCGAGUCUUCAAAAACCAAAUAUGAGUGA